AUGGGAGAUCAGGGUGACCUCCAGACUCCACCCUCCGCUGCCGUCGAAGCUGGCGUGAGACGUCGAGCGAAACGGGCGUGCGAGCCCUGCAAGCUCCGGAAAAGAAAGUGCAACGGCUGUGAACCUUGCAAUGCAUGUAUACGCUACGACUAUGAAUGCUACUUUCCUCAGCCUCGCCGAAAGAAGUCGGCAAAGCUCAGCAACCAUGGUGUUCAACACCUUGCGGCCGCGUCACGGUCUCUUCAGUCUGUAAAUGCCAGUGCUGGCCCCAUCUCACCGACGAAUCUCAGAUCAGGCAAUCACGAUGAACGCUCCAUGGAAGCCAACUCAGGAGUGCUCUUUCCCCACGUCCUUGGACUCAAGCUCAAUCCCUCCAAUGCCCCGAAAGUGCAGGGCUUUGGCUGGAAUCUAGGCAUCCAUUAUCAACACCCCCGGUCCGAAAAAAGUAUGGUCUGGAUCAUAUCCAAAGAGGAAUGGCAAAGCCUGUUCGAUGUCUACCUCCAGAAGAUACACUGCGUGUACGGUUUCCUUGACGCUCGUAUCGUCUUGUCCAAGAGUUCACGGAGGUGGGAGGAUCCUUGUGCCACCAAUGCUUACGACCACGUAUUGUGUGGCAUUGCAGCGUUGGCCUGCUUUUUCUGCCCUGAAAGGACCGAUGAUCGAGAACGUCUUCUCGUCGAAUGUGCAAAGGACAUCUUGGACUCGACGAGUCUGGUCAGAGAUCCAACCAUUCAUGAUGCACAGGCAUGGUUGUUGAGGACUCUCUACUUGAGAUGCAACAAUCCUCCUCAUGCGGCAUGGGUGGCAAGCUGCACGACCAUGCACAUUAUCGAAGCGACUGGCUUGCACCAUGAAUCCACAGACGUGUCAUUGGUCUAUACCGACAUAAGUACCACGGACAUUGACGUCGAACGCAAGAGGAGGACUUUCUGGCUCGCCAAGCUGCUUAACACGUGGAUCAGUUUCGAAUACGGACGGUCCAGAGUUGUACCGCAACGCGCAUCAUGUCAGCUUCCAUCACCAAUCCCUGAGGAUUUUACAACAGACCUUAUAUCCUUGUUCAUGGUAUCAGAAAUCCUCGACCCGGACAAGAUUGGAGAGCCGACCGAUUUGGAAGAGGCUCUUUUACGAACAGAGGAUUUUAGCUUUGAUCUCGACCCCCUGGUGCUGUCUCAGAGCAACCUAUGCUUCACAUUCUACAGACGCCUCAGGCAAAUUACACCCAAUGUCAAACCUAACAUUCUGGAAAAAGUGAUUGCAGUCGGACGCAAAGGCCUGGAAGCCUCACUCCGAGCAACCCGAGCCGGAUCCCCGUGGUGGCACGUAUCCAAUGUGCCAUUUCAAUUUGCUUGUAUAUUGCUUGCGAUGGACACCAAAGAGUCUCUUAUGCACAUUCAACAAGCCAUUUCCACCUUGAGGAUCGUGGCGGACAACUUCAAAACUCCCAUAGUCCAAAAAGCACUUUCCACGGUCGAGUCAUUAAUUCAAUUCUCCCAAAAACGCAAGGAACAGGACAAUAGGAUCCUGCAGAAUUCGUUGGUACAGCAGACAUCACCACAGUCAUGGCAGCAGCAGCCUCCUACGGAUCCCAUCCAAAUUCCUGACCAAGAGUUUGAACUGGCUUGGUCGAAUGAUUUAUUAUGGAAUACUCCAGCUUUGGGGAAUGUGAAUUGGGAUCAAUUUUGGACCGAACCUUACGACUUUGCCCCUACGGCACUUCCAAACAAUUGA